GUCUCCGCUGCUAGACCAGAGGGGAGAGCUCAGGCCUGAGGAUUUCGGAGCAAUUCGGGAGUUAUCCAUGAACCCCAUCGGAGACAGAAUCAUCAGUGCCUUUUUCUCUCCAGGAAAGGAAACGGUGGACUUUGCCUCCUUUGUUCGGAUUCUGGCUCAUUUUCAUCCCACAGAAACAAGCCGAUCCAGAGACGGAGUACAGCCGGAGCCGGCCAACAGCAGGACCAGGAAACUCAAAUUUGCUUUCCAGUUGUAUGAUCAGGACAGAGAUGGAAAGAUUUCGCGAGAAGAGCUUCUUCAGGUCUGUUAAACUCAUAACUGU